AUGGCUUCUGUGAAAGUGUUACUGUUUCUUUUUGGUUCUAUGUUGAUAUUAAUACAGUUCCACAAAUCAUCAGCAGCUUCACUGGUCGAGAACCUCGAUGGUAGGCCGAAGCCCUUUAAGAAUUACGUCCAUAAUUUUCUGUUGCAGACUGAAUCGGAUUUUAAUCUUCUUUUAGUUUAUCUUAUUGAUCUGAUGUCCAUCGAAUGAGGUCGGGGCCAGUUACUUUGAGCAGUAGUAAAAACUGAUCGGAAGCCUUUUUUGUAUUUUGAAUUUCGAAAAUGUUUAUACCUGGAUUUAUUAUCUUAUCAAUAAUUUUCUUAUUGCUGUUUUCCUGCAUGGGUAGUGACAAAUGUUCUAUUCCAUUACGCUUGGAGGACCGGAUUAAGUGAGAGAUAAUCACUCGUCUUUCGAUAAUUUUUAGCAGAAGAUGAAACUCUUGACGACAAAGAAGGAGUGACAAAGAAAGAUGAAACCUUUGAUGUAACAGAGUUCGAGGCUAAGGAUGAUUUAAAUGGACUUGAAGACGUGGAUAAAAGAAGAGGUAUUAAUAAACUAUAAAAGAGUAAAAAGAAGUUUAAAUGCGUUCAAAAUCCUAAGCAAAAUAGACCAACUCUAUCAAUGUGGGAAAAAUAUUUUGGGCACAUCUGUUUAAAUGCUCUCAAAAAUAAAACACAUCCACAUUUUUGCCGCUCACAGUUGAUAAAAUUAAAGAUUAAUUUGUUUUUCAUGAAAUAUAUAGGCCUUGAACUUCGUCAAAACCAGUCAGAGAUGUCUACGGUACUGGUCAUAGCAGUCUUUUUUUUCAAAUUUUCGUCGUAAUUUCACUUUGGAGUAAAUUUCUCUUAAGUACAUCUUCCUAAUUUAUGAUAAUUAUUAUUAUUAUUUCUUGUUUAUUUCUACAAGCACAAAAAAUAAAAGCUCAUACUUCAUGCAACUUAUAAGCCGCGAUAAAACGUACAAAUUAAAAUCAAGCACUUAAUGGCGUUGGUUUAACCAUUACAAGGAAUGUACAAUGAUUUUUCUUUCGUGUUGGAUUAUGCGCGUGCUAUGAACAAAAAGUGAGAAAUUGCAUAAAAAAUUUCUUUUUGAGUAGUUUUUAAUGAAAAAAACACUGAAUCACCACUCUUUUUGAUUUCAUUCAUCUUUAAAUUAAGCUCAGUACUGUCCUGGCACACACUGUUGGUGGUAGUUGUUUACAAUGUUUAAUCAAGUAAAACAUUUACAACAUUUUUCAGGUCUUUAUUUAUUUUUAUUAUUAUUAUUUUUUUACUAUAAGCACAGAUUCCUCUCCCUCGUAAACAAUGGUAAAGAAAAAAAAAGGUUUUAAAAUAAAUAAUGUAAAUUUGGAUGUUGCGGUGGCAGCGUAACACCAGAACAUUUUGUGUUCAGUCUGCUUUCCCUUUCGAUUAAUUAAAUUUUUCCUUGUAGCCGAGAAACAAAAACAACAGGGAAAUAUUGCUUCAUUUUUACUUACGACUGUGUGUAGAAUUCAUACAAUUUCUCAUUGGUUUCAUAUAAGGCGAGAUUAAUUUUUGUAAUUUUGUUAGAAUGACUAAAAGUUUUGAAUGCGGAGUCUGUGAAAUAAAAUUGAAACAUGCCACCUGCGGAUAUAUUACAAAAGUUCUAAAUAUUACUCAGAUUAAAACUUCAAUAAAGAAACUAUUCAACGAUUUUUUUGUAAUUUUAUUAAAAUUUUGGUGAAUAUUUUCAAGUGUAAUUAUAACUUUUUGCAAUUGAAAGUCUAAGGUGCUUCUCCUAUUAACUUUAUAUACAACAUGACUAAGCUGCCAAUCAUCUUAAAUACCUCGAUGGUCCUCCCGUCGCCCCCAAAAAACUUAUCGUCUUAGCAAUUUGCAUUUUUAAAGUUGAAAUUGCAUUCUGUCAAAGUUGUGUAGCUUCGUAACGUUGUAGUUUUGCAUGAAUGGAAGGAUUUUUAAUGGGGUAAUAAAAAUUUUGACGCUUUAUGGAAUUAGCGCAAACUUCCUCAAGAUUCGCCUUAAUUAUUUGUGUUAAUUUUCGAGCUCGUAAUUCAGUGUCGUAAUUAAGUGGCACUGAAUUGAAGCAAACAAGUGCGAAAAUAUCUUUAACUUUUAAUAAUUAUGAUAUUUUGACUAAAUAUAUCGUUAAUACAUUUAUGAACUUCGUUAACAUACAUAGCUGCAUGUAGGUAACCUUUAUUUUACGGCAAAAGACUGUUUUCCAGUUGCCCGAUGCCCUUAGUACCAUGGGCGCUUUCAAUAAAAAUUUGAUGGAAAAAAGGGAAGUGAUGGAAAGUAUCUUCUACAGGACUAGAAAUAUCGUAUUUACAAAUCAUUUUCUCAACAAUCGAAUCGUCUCUGAAAUUUGUUACUCUCAUUUGCAUAUUACAACUCUGAAGUGUCCUUUCCAACAGUGUUAAUGGAUUUUAACGCAAGUCAAAACAUUUAUCGUUAUUUAACGAAAAUCCAUCCCCGCUGUGGUGUAGAGCUCCUUUAGCGCCUCCUUUAUUUCACUGAGUUAUUGUACUUAAUGUGGCUUCGAAUAAUUCUACCAUAGGGAACACAUGUACACACUCCUAUUUGUAAACUGUAAAUGGAAAUCAAAUGAGAGAUAAAAACUUUCCUGUUCUGUUCUUGAAUCAGCUGCGGAGCAAAGUGAAAUGGAAGUUGUUCUAUGGUGCAAAAACGAUGUUUGUGUCGGCGCCUUGUCUACAGGGCCUUAGCCAGUAUGAGACAAACCGAGGCAUUUGCCUCAGUCAUUUUUUUUUUUUCGGCGAAAGUAAGUUUUUUUUUAAUGGAGAAAGAAAGACACUAGCUGCAAAUAAAUUCACAAAGAGUUAAAUAAAAAAAAGGUUAACGCAACAUGGUACUAUGUCAAUGAUAACGCGAAUCAGUCAGUGGCCUGAAUUACAGAUGAGAAAAAUUAGGCAAAAAUUCAUGCUAACCAGGCACUGGCUUCCCAAAGAAAACUGCCUCGUUUUCCUGUGUUUUGCAACCUUUUCUCGAGUCUUCUGUCUUUAGUGGUCUGAGUGAGGAAUCGAGAAUCUAUCAAAAUGCAGUGUUCUAUCAACAUGCAGCUUUUUCAAAGAAAGUGGCAAGCAGAUGCUCUCAUAACAUGCUUUCAGUUCUUCUUAAUAAUAGAAACAAAAUUUAAGCUUGUUUUGACAUUAUUUAGCGAAGACCCUGAAUAGCUAGGUGGAGAAUUCAACCAUGAAUAUUGCCUCAGUCCUUAUUUUUUUCUGGCUACGGCCCUGAGUUCGUAAAUUUCACAAUGCUUUAUCUUAAGUGGUUUGUCUUGCAUUUCACUGUUGGUGUCACGCGGUUGUUAUUAGGGACUUUAAGAUCCAACGACGAGACGACGACAAGAACGUCGCUUAAAAAGUGAAUUUGCGUUCUUUGAGUCUUUAUAGCGAUUAUUCCUACCAUCUAACUUUGUCAAUUGUACGCGAACCCUCCUGAAGCUGAAUUUCAAGGGACCAUAGCCAAGCUCAAAAAGAGAAAUAAAAUUUCGUCGUUGCUUGUUUACGUCCUCCAUAAAACACGAAAUUAGGCAUUUUCACGUCGCAGUCGUGCAAAAAGGGGAAAGAAAUGUACAAAAAAAGUGUGAUGCACGUGCGAAAUUAUGGUUUUGCUAACACCUAUUGUGUUUUUGACGUUCUCGUUGUCGUCCGCGUCGUUGGAUCUUAAAGUCCCUUGCUGUACUCCUUAGUCGUGUGUGACCCUUCUAUUAUUUCCCGCCAAUAAGGAGCAACCGUGAUGGCGAAGGCAGCGAAAAUAUGACACAAGAUAAAAUUGCAUCCUUUUGAAUUUCAGAAUUUCAUCAACUGUCCUUUUUCUUUUUAUUUAUUUAUCAACUUCAAUUUUCAACUGGCUCAACUGUUCAAAGGCAGGCAAGUUUUAUUUGAGUUAUUUAGCCUCAAAGUUAAGAGAGAGAAAGAGAAAUUUGUUGUCGGGUGUUUUCGCCCUCCAAUAUUAGUGUCAAACUGGGACGUUUCAUGUUUUAAAGGCGUAACGUGAUGGCAAGAAGAAUUGUAUGUAAAAAAGAGCGUUGUGCACGUGCCGAGUUCUUUCUUGAUGUUCCCCUUGCUGUCGCCGCCUCGCAGGUUGCUUAAACCCCAUAAUAAAUCGGAGGCAAAACCGAAGAUGUCGUUUAAUGCUCUGUUACUGCCAGUCCACCGAAAAUCCGAUUUUGGGGUGACAAACAAGAAGCAUUAUGGCAUGUUAUGGUUAAUUUUUCUGGAGUGGUCAAUUUGCGCUUUCCACAGGAUAGUGAUUUAUAGGGGGAUAGCGCUAUCCACUGAACUUUUGAAAAACUGGGACUAUGAUGGUAAGGUCAUUUCUAUUGUUUUCGUAGCGCACGGCGUAAACUCGUAACCUUCGGACCAAAAGGUAGCGGUUUCAAAACCUGCUAUCGCCCUUUUUAAACGAGAAUAGAAUAGAAUUCUUAAGCAAAACAAUUUCUUAAUACAGAAGUACAAUACUCAUUUCGAAUCAAAAUAAUUUUAUAUUCUAGUCAAAAGAAAUAAAGCAAAAAGGGGUAAAUGGUAUUGCCCCUAUGCAUUUUCUAUACGAGCAUUGGGAGAUGUACUAUAGUAUUGAUUAAAUUCAUCAACGUGAACAUAAUUCUUGUGCUGAGCAUUCUUAGAGCUUCGCGAGAAGAGGAGAGAAGAAAAAGAUAAAGCGCAAGUAACCAGUCCAUUGUUGUGGCUCUUCCGCCCACGCCUACGCCCACAAAUAUUGACUGACAGCAGUGAUUUCAAAAGGACCAAUGAAGACACGAUACAUUACUCAUUUUUUCUGGCUACUAGAAACACCAGCAGCAGCAUAAGCCACAGGAAGUAACAACUACUAUGGCAUGAAUUACCUUAAACUAGGAGUAAUCAGAGCUUAGGAGAGUGCGUUCGAUGUUUGUUAGGCGUACAGGUAACAGUUGAGGAGGAAGGGUGGAUGUUUAUUGCGACAGACUAAUUUGAUCAUGGCAUAUUUUAAACGUAAGGAUUGCUUGCAGCGAAACCUCUAUUUAAACUGAGUAUCAUUAAGUCUUGGAGGCUAGUGAUAUCAUAUGGUUCGUCUCAACAAGUGCAGUAAUUUGUUCGAGUGUGUUGAUGUCAGUGACUUGAGAGGACUAGCUACUGUGGGCUGUUUAUAAGUUUUUUCCGGUGGGAGCGAGAGAAAAUCUAAACGGGCGGGAAAAUAUGGCACGAAGAAAAGAAAAGAACGGCGAGAAGAGCCCUGGGUACAAUGUCUUACCAGACCAUUCCAAACUGUCGCGGUCGUUCUGGCUUCUGAUUGGUGCCAGAAAACUUUUGUGUUUUUUUGCCCAAUCAGAAGGCAGAACCGCGGCGACCGUUUGGAACCGAGAACACACUAAUCACUAUGUGAGUGCGUCAAAGGGAGGCAAAAAGGAAAAAAGCGCCUCAAAGCGAGGCAAAUGUGUGUCAAUUCAAAUGUAAUCUCAAACACCUCGCUUAUUAAUUGCACAGGACACCCAACAGAAAUUAGGGGUUGCGUUCUCGUACCUCAAACGCAAUAAUGUGCGGCAAAAAUAAGAUGUGCUUAGUCAAAGUUUAGAUCAUGUGCAAACACAGCGGCGAGAGAGAAAAGAGGGAAAACCUGUUGUUCAAACAAAUUCCAAGGUCGCGUUUCACAUUAUCACGAGCUUAUGACCUGUCAACUCUUACUUUCAACAAGUUAGUCAUCAGGCUUUUUCCAACCCCAGUUGGAAGCAAUCCAAGAACAUCUUUCCUCUAACUGCGCUUUUCAAAAACACAGGAACUCUGAAUUUUAAAAGCCGCCUUCAGAAUUGCGUUUUUUGGGCUGUUGAUCUUAAUUAACAAACCCGCCUUAAACUUAAACAACAAACCUUGUAGCUUUUUAGAACGUGUCUUGUACUUUUCCUUUCACGUUUUUAGUAUAUAGUUUUUUUAGUAGGUUUUAGCUUUUUAUGUUUUUAUUGCUAAGUUUUUAUACAUUUAUUGAUUUGUUUUUAAAAUAGAAUAACAUUAUAAGCUGUAAGUUCAAAGUGACUCAAGAUAAAUUGAUCGCCAUGAACAAAGAAACGCCACAGGAAAUAAACACGAAUAGAUACCUGUUUCCGAAUUUGAGCUGAUAAACGAACGCUCUUUCUUGAUAAAAUGGAUUCCAAGCGUGGAACCCGUUGAGCCUUUACAACGCGAGCGUUAGCUUUAAUAAAUGGUAUAAGUAAACAAGUUAAAUAGAUAUACGCGCACAUACAAACCAAAAUCUAGAGCUUUUUUUCUGCUCGACGGCCUUAAGUCUGAAGGUAAACGAAUCUCGAAAUGUUGGAAUGUGGAACACACGGAAUGGUGUCAGCUUUACCGUGUAAUUUUUCACAAUAACACACAACAAGGAAAUGAAGUUUUUUUAAAAAGUUAUAUCUUUAUCAGGCCUAAUCUUCCGUUGGCGAUCAAAAUGCUGGUAAACAAGACUCAGAUUUAUCUUCAAAUAUAUUUUGUCAAGUUUUCAUGACAAAUUAUUGCCUCUUUCUCCACAGUAGCUAGUUUACUUCAUGUAAUUUCUUUUUGUAUGCCAUACCUUUUAAAAAUGUGGCAUGUAACAAUGUGAAAUGCCUCAUCCCUGGCUCUGCUGUGUAUACAUCCUUUUCACUCAUCACCAAUUCUCUUGCGUGGUAGUUACAUCUUGUAAGCCAAAAGAACAUUCCCAGGCUACUUUUAUGAAUGAUGGAUAAUACAAAUUCCUACGUGGUCAAGGGCUAAGCACGUUUAGUGAUUUACUGAGCCAUACUCUUGUUAAGUACAUUGAUCCUAAGUGAAUAACGGCUUAGAAGAGCCAUUAUUCAAAGAGCUCCGCUUUUAGGCUUGGCUAAAUCGGUAUACUACAAACUAAGAGUAUUCCGCUGCUACUUAUUUUAUUGUUAAGUAUACCAACCAAAUUUCGCUAUAUCCCACUUUCCUCAAAAAACAUGCCACCCUCCUAUGUCCCUCACACCAAAACAACUCUAAGAUGAAAAACUGAAAACACCAGAUUUAGAUUUGAUCUGUAAAAUAUAUUCUUUAGAAGAGUAAUUUCCGUAUCUUAUUUUCAACAGCAUGUGCCAAUCUUGGCAGCUGGAGGUUUUGCAGAAUGUUCAUGGGGUACUGUAAAAGAAAUAAUUCAAAAGGGAGGAUAAUGAGAUCAAAAUGCAGGUUCAGCUGUCACAUUUGCUGAAACUAAGGUAAAUACCCUCAUUAUUCAUUCCUGGUCCCUACGCAGAAAGCUUUAAAAACACGAUGAGAAUAGAGAGAUUUAGAGUCACGUUUACGCAAACGGUAAAAAUGAAUGUGGGACCAAGUUUUCUCUUUACUUGUGCUGAAUUACUGUUGAUAUCUUCUAGCCCAAAAUUAGUGCAUGGCUUUACGUUAGUGUUGUCUGUAACAAGUUGUUGGUAGAGUUUUUAUCUGCCCAUUUUCUAUUUUGAGAAAUUCUCAACUUGAAUCUGUGACGUUUUCUGUCUGCUGUAUAGGUGACUCUAAAUAUCUUUAAUCUUACGCGCGAGGACUGAGGCGUGCAAAUAGGCCAUUUUCUGGUUGCCCCAUGCAAGCCUCUCUUUAAAAGCUAGGCUUAGUGUGAGGUAAUUGAUAUGAAAAUCAUUUUUUAAUCUCAUUUUUUUGUAACUUUAAACAUCUUUUAUCAAUUUUUUCACACUUAGUAAUGAAUACAAAAACUACAAAUUACUUAUUUGACCACUGCAGAGCUUAAUCUCGUGGAAAUAAAACACAUUUCCCCAACAAAAGGUUUUGCACUUAGCCUCGUUUUAAAAUUGAGAGUUUCUGGAACUCGGAAAUGGCCCAUUCCCCCAAGCCACCAUUCGAUGUUUCGCGCCUCUCGAAUUUAUCAUCGUAAAUAAAGGCUAUUCCUGUACACAGAUCCUCCUGUUUCGUAGCCUGAGUAUCCCCCUACCUGUUUCGCGAUGAUAGUUGCAUGACUUAAACAAAAGACGAAUGCCUGGAAGCAUUAGAAUUGUCAGUCUCUUUGGUCUUUGUUAAUUGCUGUAAUUGUUUAACUUCAUUUGGAGAAUCCAACCUGUUAUGUCCAGUUAUUUCUUUUCAGGCAGUUCAAUAUAUCUUCAAAUGUAUAAUAUUUGGGAAAAUCUCCCCUCCCCUCGUAAACAACGAAAUUGGAAGCUUAACAAGACACUAACUUAAUCAACACCAAAGUGAACAACCCACCUCUAUAACUGCGAUACGCGUAACAAGCGCAUGUAAUAAAAGGUUAAACUAAAGGUAAGACCCAUAUUUCCGACUGUAAAAUCAGCCUUGCUUCUUUUGUUUUAACCAAGGCAACCUCGUUCCUGGUCUUCCCCUAUCAAUAACAAGGAACAUGUUUUGACAAAAAGAUCAUUUUCUAACACUCGGCCCUUUUCUCUUCUUAUGUACCACUGAGGGUUAAGUCUUGCAGCAUAAACUGUAUUUUUUAUUUAACGAGAAAAUUAAACUUUGCAUCUUUUUUGCAGAGCUGUCAGGCGUGGGGAUUAAUACGUGCUCAACCGAUGCGUCCUUGAAUCGUUAGCUACUACGAAUCUUUUAUUAGUUAAUUAUUGGUUGUGGAUGGAGGGCGAUUACAGUUCCUCUUUAAUGUAAUGUAUUUACCCUGCAAUGAAAGAUAUUAGCUUAACUUGCUGUCUUUGUUUCUUGAAGCUUAAAGCGUUUUCAAAACAUUUGCCUCUUUACUUUCCUUCUACUUUUUGCGAUGCCUCAAAAAUUAAUGGACUGUAGUAAGCCUUUCAUGAAAAUGUAUACAAAGCCUGCCUCAAACUCAAGAAGGCGACUUGAAAGCAAAGGCGCUCUAAAGAAACCGUUUUUAACGAAAGCUCUUGUUAUUCUUAAAUCUAUCAAAAGAAAGAUUAUAACCUCAGUCUAUAAAAAAAUAUAUGUUCAUGUUCCAGCAACGGACUAUUGAAUCAUACUGUGCGUUUUGCCGAGUGUUAUCCUGGGUAUCAGAGGUUUUUUCUCGCGUGCGACGAGAAGCUUGGUCGGCCGGAGGCCGACACGUCUUCGGGCGAAGGCCGAAGACACGAGCGGCGAAGCAACGAGAAAAAACCCGGAUCACUAUUUAAGACCUGACCGAAACCGGAAACCGCGCAUGAGAAGCCUCUGGCAAUUACAAUAUUACUAUAAGAAUCCGAGAUAGCACAAGUUAGCCGUCAAACUAAUGCCACCGUUUCAUAUAUUAUCCUACAGUCAUCCACUGUCACACCAAUUUAUAUUUGACAAUAAUAUGGUAAACACGACACCUACACAACUUUGCCUACGUUGCCUUAAUAAUAGCAACCCCAUUUUAAACCCAAUAUCCUUUUCAAGGUAGGGCACUAGGUUCGAGUUUACCCCAAAACCAAGAGAAGAUUUAGUAUAUUUCUGCUUUCAAUACUACAGCCGCUUAAUUGAAAUAGAAUUGUUCAUCAAAAUGCUUUAUGGAGUCUGGUCUUCUCUACAACCCGACCAUGAAACAAACGAAUCUCCGGGCCGGAUGCAAGUCAGCCCUCCAGCCAGGAACAAGGGGCACCCAACGAGAAUAUAGUUCAAAACCACUAAAACAUAGCAUUGUUAAACGUAUUUUGGUAUUUAAAUAGUAGAUGUAGGCAUAUUUUUAUCCUCUAAAAAUGUUUCAUCUGUUCGGAUUUCCUAGCUGAAAGUCUAGUGAUCCGAAAAUUAUAGGGAUCAAAACUUACCUUUUCGAAAAUUUCAGCCAGAAAAAAGGCUCCCGAAAAUUCUAGGUGACCUUUUUAGAGUAAAAAUCCGUUAAAAAUAGGCAAUUAUACCAUAUUUUAGAUGUUCGAAAAUCCUAGGAGAAGCAGGCAAGCAAGAAAUUUUACAACAAAUGUUCCGAAAAUUCUAGCUCUCAAAUCGUCUUCCGAACAGAUAUUUUUCCGAAAAUUGUCGUUGGGUGCCCCUGAGGAACGAUGACAGGUCGCCGAUCUGAAACAUUUUAAGAUCUCUUAUAUCUUUUCUCUUCCGAGGAUAAGUACAAAGGAUUUUCCUUACAUCAAAGGGAAGAUUGACCAAUCGAUUGGAAUCAACUACAGCUCUGUCAAUAUUAAAUGGACCCAAAUCCUUCUUUGUUACUAGUCGUUUGAUACCCUGGGUGCCGGAAACUUUUCAUGCGCGGUUUCCGGUUUCGGUCAGGUCUCGCAGAGGUCAAUGAAUUUUUUAAAGAUACAGGUCAUACUAGAUAAGUCUAAACCAACGCGUGUC